AUGCGGAGGGCGGUCGAAACGGCUGCUGAGAUCAACAAGGUAUUCAACGUAGACGUGUACGUCCACCCUCUUCUGUUUGAGCAAGGCGGUCUGUUCCACGGCCCGCGAAAGUUUCCUGUCGGCAGCGGCCCUCUUCCGAGUCACGGGGCUGGGGCUGGGGCAAGCACCGCGGCUAGCUGUGCUUCCGCUGCGCCGGCGCCCUCUCUCGAAUCUGCGAUGGAGGAAGCGCGGACCCAUUCACAUAGCAACUGCACCGCCUCCUCGGGUUCUUCUGAGGGCAAUGAAGACGUCCUUAGCGAAGAGCCGAACCCCUCGUGGCGUCGCAUGCAGCCAGGCCACUCGGAGGCCAGACACGGUCUUGGCAUGACUCUAGAGGAGAUCCUGCAGAUCCUGCCCAAGGCCAAGGUCAUCGAGGUUCCGCCUAGCCCGAGAAGCGCCCUUUCUGGACGUGCAGUGGACGCGGAGGCCGCGCCUGGUGGGAAAGAUGUCGGCGCGGCGACUGGAGUUCCGCACUCGGGGAAGGCGCACACAGUUCAAGCGAGGGAAGCAGACGCAAUCGGCGGCGAGUACAGCGCCACCUGGCCUGAGGAAAGGCCGUCGCGCUGGUGGAGAGGCGGUCGAGAAACUCUCGCUCAGACCGUGCAGCGCGCACGCCAGGUGAUUCUAUGGAUGGAGGAGGAGUGCUUGCAAGAGAGCGAAACAGGGGGAUGCAUCUUGAUGGUCAUGCACGGCUUAAUGAUGGACCUGCUGCUGAAGGCUCUACUCUUCCCCUUUCCCUCUCCCGACGUCUACCCGAGUCCCUACCUAGAAAUGCUGCUUGACUGCCUGCGCCACCAGGAACGCCUGACAGGGGUCCCCAUUUACAAUUUGCCUCAACAAGCAGCAUAUUUCCCGUCCAGCAAUUGUUCAUUCUGUUGUCUGGAUCUGGCUGCGAGGCCUGUGUGCCUUGGCGCUCCAGAGCAGGUACUCUCUAGAGAAGGCACAUGCUGCGUGAACGCAGGUUCUCCGCAGCUCGUGGUGCCGCUUCGUUCUUUCUCCCGCAAAGAAGAGAGAGCGGCGCAAGGUGAAGGCCACGAACCCUCUGGCUGCAGUAGGACCUCUGAAGACUCGUCUGGUGACGGUACGCCCGCCAGUCGCACACCUGACGCUGCGGAUACCAAGAGUGUGCCUCUCAGUUUCCGGACCCACCACGCGCCGCGGCUUGUUGCCGCUCUGGUACAGUGGAACGCUCAGGCUGUCGAGGCCGAGCAUUACACCGGCCAUACUUUGGGAGCCUCUGUGUUGAUGUCAGUCUAG